AUGCAUUUCCUCACACUGUCCACUUUGCUGCUCCUCGUCAACUCCGUGUCGGCUUGGUACGGCACCGUGACGUUCUACCAGGACGUCGAGUUCAAAGGCUCCAAGUACGAGUGGGGCAUCUCGAAGACGCACCGGUGCUACAACCUGGCUUGCUGGGACAACAGAGCCUCGUCAGUCAAGUGGGACGGCCUGCCGACAGUCGGCAGCUUCGACGGCAAGGCACGCAUCGCCUUCUUCACCGGCAAGGACUGCACUGGGGACAGUCGAGACUGGCCGACCAACGGAGUCAUCAACGGCAAGAAGGACAACUACCCGAUGGACUUCACUCUCGAUAAAAUCAACGACGCAGUGUCCUCGUUCAUCGUGUGGGAGUACGGCAAGAAGAUCUCGAACGGCAUCGCCACGCCCUGCCCGUGGGGAACGAGCUGA